UCUUCCGCGGCGCUCGCCUGCCCGCGCGGCUGCCUCUGCGCCAGCGACAUCAUCUCCUGCAGCGGCGCCGGGCUCUCCCGCUGGCCCCGGGACGUCCCGGCGUGGGCGGCCCACCUGGACCUCAGCCACAACCUGCUGGCCACGCUGCCCGCCAACUGGAGCGGGCCGCGGACCCUCCGCCGCCUCGCCUCCCUGCUGCUGGCCCGCAACGCCAUCGCCGCCGUGGAGCCCGACGCCUUCGCCCUCACGCCGCACCUCGUCCACCUGGACCUGUCCUCCAACCGGCUGGCGGCCGUGCGGGCGUCGGCGUUCGGGCGGGGCGCCCUGCCCGGGCUGGAGGUGCUGCUGCUCUUCGGGAACCGGAUCGCGGCGGUGGAGCCGGGGGCGCUGUCGGGCCUGCGCGGCCUGCGGCGGCUGUACCUGGCGGGGAACCGGCUGGCCGCCGUCCCCCUGGAGCUGCUGGAGGGCCGGCCCCGCCCCGCCCACCUGGCGCUGCUGGACCUGUCGUCCAACGCGCUGACGGCGCUGCCCGUGCAGAGCCUGCUGGCCCUGGGGGGCCGGCCGCAGGUGUACCUGCAGGGCAACCCCCUGGUGUGCGACUGCGCGCUGCGGGCGCUGCUGGGCUUCUGGUGCCGGCGGCGGUACCGCCCGCUGCUGGACUUCAGGGCGGAGUACCCCUGUGGGGCGGGGGGGGGGGGAGGCUGCUCCGCCUCCGCCACCUCCACCGCAAACACACAGGACCUCGUGUCUCUCGUGGGCGGGGUUUAUCAGAUCGAGCCGGGCGAUUGGCUGACGGUCCCGUGCCCGGGCUUGGCCCCGCCCCUCCGGGAGAACCAGACGGUGUUCUGGCUCACGCCCGGCGCCGUCCUCAACUCCUCCUCCUCCUCCGGCGACGGCGAUGGCGGUGACCAUGGCAACGCCACCCUGCGGCGGGUCCAGGUCCUCCCCAGCGGCGCCCUGGAGAUCCGCGGGGCGGUGGCGGCCGACGCCGGCGCCUACACCUGCGUGGCGGCCCGCGGUGCCCCGCCCGAGCCCGAGUGCGGCGGCGAGGAGGAGGGGGGCGGAGCCGACGGCGAGGUCAGCGUCCUGGUGGGGAACAAGAGCCGGGGCGGGGGCGGGGCCAGAGGGGGCGGGCGGCGCCGGGGGGCGGAGCACUUCAACACGGCCUUCACCACCCUGGCGUCGUGCGUGGUCAGCAUCGUGCUGGUGCUGCUCUACCUCUACCUCACGCCCUGCCGUUGCCGCGGCGACCGGGGGAGAGGAGGGGGCGGGGGGGCCGGGGAGACGCCGACGGGCUGCGGGGGCCGCGCCUCCCUGCUGUGCUCCGACCCCGGGGAGGCGGAGUCCCGGGAGAGGCGGAGCCACAACGGGAAGCGGGUGGCGUUCCUGGAGCCUCUCGGGGCGGAGGAGGACGGAGAUAAGGGCGUGGCCGGAGCGGCCAGCGGCUGUGACCCGGGCAUUACCGUCGGCACGGCGACGGGCCUCGUCGUCGGCAUGGCGACAGAGAGCAUCCUGAAGAACGGAGGCGGGGCCAUUGGGGGGAGGAACCACUCUAACCCCGGCCAUCAGGUGGUGUAGCUAGAAACAGACCUCCUCCUCGCUCCACCUUUUCACGCUUUUAACGCUAGGUGGAGGAGUGUGUGUGUGUGUGUGUGUGUGUGUGUGUGUGUGUGUGUGUGUGUGUGUGUGUGUGUGUGUAUGUGUGUGUGUGUGUGUGUGUGUGCAGAGCAGGACUCUGCGGAGGUCAACACUGUGACUCACUUCAUUACUAUCCAACCUUAACUGGUUCCCAGUCUGCCCAGUCUACUGUGGUGGAGGAAGAUUAGUAAAAUAGGAUCCGUGAAGAACGAGUGAAACGGUCAAGUGCUGGACACAAAUGGAACGCAUCCAGGCAGCCGUGCAUUGUGGGAAAAAUCGGUUCCUCCACAUAAACCGUAGAUGGGUCGUAUAAAGAAGUCAAGCGUUGAAGGACAAUUUGCGGUAAGGGUUCCCGGACGCAUAGGGAAUACUAAACACCAGAGGUAUUUCCAUACACAAUCUUAUUAACAUUUUAUUAUUUAGGACAUUAGUAGUACUUUCCAUGGAGAAAUGUUGGUAGCAAAAGUUUCCGUAUCCGUUGCCAAAUUCUCUCAUUAACUUUGCUAUUUUUUAUGUAUUUUUUUAUGAUGAAUCGUUGAAUUCAUAACUACUAACGAGUUAUGUAUAAAUAAGUGGAAGUGUGUGUGUACAAACCGUCAGAAGAUGAUUUUUGUGCGGUCACUGUGCAUGUGCGUGUGUGCGUGCGUUACGACACACACAGCGGCAAACAAUGUUUUUUCCAUGUCCUGUUUUAAAAGACGGUCCCCCUAGAAUACUUCCAGCUACUGCGCAGUGAUUCAAUCUUCUGUUUGGGGGACGUAACUCACAGGAUGUGAUAGUGUUGUGCUCUAAACGUGGGCGGGUUCCAACCAUCAUCACACCUACUUGGACAACAUGAUGUUCUAAGCACACUUGCACUGUGUCAGUAUUACUCCGAGCCCCCUCAGGGUGACCGGUGUGUGUCUUCUAAACUGCUCCGUUCUCCUGUCCGGCUAACUCAGACCUACUAUUGACGAGAGCAAAUGGUUCAUGAUUUAAACAGAGCUUCCUACGUUGUUCCCUCGUCACAUGGAAUCAAUACUAUUCUGGUUGAUGUUCAGGGCUUACAAAACGUGGCUCCUUUCCAUUUAUUCACAGCUUUGUUUGGGACAGUGGGGAGAUCACUUCUUUGUGGCGUUGGUUUUGAUGUUUGUGUGUGAGGAAGGAUUGCCCCUUGAGGGAUUCAUCAUCACUCUUGAGAUGGUCCAAGCUGCGAGCAGAACGCCUGAAGCUUUAUUGACGCAUCGAUUCUGCUUUAAAAAGCAUGUCUUAUUGAAGGCAAUCGUAAUUAAAUAAAAGAUAUUUAAAUAAGGUCUCCAUCAUCCAUCAUCCCGAAUAAAUCCGUUCUUCAGUACAGCACUAAUACGGAGCAGAGACCCAGAUUCAUUCCCCCACUGGCCACAACAACCACAACGACCACAUCCGUCAGAGCAACACAAACUAACAAACAGACAAACGUCAGCGCUCGCUCGGAGGAAACGGAUCCCCUCCUGCUCAGACCAGAGACUGAGCCGUCUCCGAGCCGCGCCUAGACGACCCAGUAAGCUUAAAUUAGAAUGAUUACUGCGGUCAUCAAUUUAAAUCGGCUGCAACCCACCCUGACCCACAUAGACCCCACCCUGACCCACA